AUGACCACUCGUGACCUCUUGCUCUUGCUACUUCUCCAACCAUCACCCGCGUCUGCAAUGCAGCACUUUAUUCUUUCCAGCUUAGGUGUCGCCCCACCCACCUCUUUGAACCGGACACUAGUGCCACUAACACUUUCGUCUGCUACUCUGACGGAUUCUCCGAAACCAUCGCUGGACGUUUCCCCCGUUACGUUGGACUCUUAUAUCGUUGCUAAUGAGUGGAUACUAAACAACUGGAGCUUGCCAUCGGCUGAAGAGUCGGUUAUGGUGGACGUGCAGCUCACUGAAUGGAUGGACGUGAACGUCUCGAAGCUGCUGAUCCAAGCAGCAGACAAAGAGGUGCUGGAAAAGGAGCUGGAGCUGUCACUGGUCUUUGGAAACGGGGCGCUUCGAGGGCUUAACGGACUGGUGCAGAUCCAUGUGGACGGUAUGAAGACAGCGUUCGAAAGCGGGUGGCUGCCGGGGGAUACACACUUGAAUCAGUUGAUAUUUGAUGCAACUGCAGUGGAGGAGUUGGCGUUGCAAACGUCAGUGACGAUCGAGCAGGUGGUCAUCCGUUCUAGCAAGUUGUCGUUCCCUAGAAUGGUGUUGGGGUUGAACACGGCAGUCACGACACUCACAUUGAUGCAUAACACGAUUGCAGGGCCUAUCGAGUUAACGGAAAACGAGUACAACAAGCUUUCGAACAUCGCGGUCUUCAGAGCGACGGGAAAUCGUGUUGAUAUGUCACGGGGUGAGCCGAUGUCCUGUGUAAGGGAAGAAAUGAUCAGUGGGUUGGCAAUUUGCAUCGUCAAGGAAGUGCAGAGCUCUGCCACGUAUGCUGAUGUCUUGGGUGGAAAUGAUAACAAUGGUGUCGCUCGAGCUCGCCGAAUUCUCGGAUCACUCUCAGCUACCAUUGCCACCUCUCGUGACAGUUCGCCGGCGCCUGUAAUUGUGCUGAUUAGCACGUGCACGGUGGUUUUGGUCGUGGUUCUAGUUGUAGUAAUGUCUUUCUUUCGCCGGGUCAAGAGUAAAGCAAGAAAACUCGUCGACAAACGACAUAGUUUAACUGGUCGUGACGAUGGAUCGUUUCUUGGACCUGGAGGUGAUACGCCUUCAGGAGUUAUGGAUGCGGGUGACGCACAAAUUAUAGCAGAUAUGGACCUCGGCAAAGGCCAGGUGAACCUACACAAGAAACUAGGCACUCAAGGUUUGUGGCUUGGCGAGUGUAAGGACACGCAGGUUGUUGCACUGAAGUUUGUACCUCGGGAGCUAGACAUGUCAAUCAAGGAAGUGAAUGCAGUCCGGAUGUCAUACGUCCCACUCCGACAUGACAACAUUGUGCACUUCUUGGGAUCGAGCUGGACAGACUGCGAAGAGGUUCUUAUCGUUGUGGAGCACAUGGCUAAAGGCAGCUUGAGAUCCGUAUUGGCGGAUACAAAGAUCGACCUCGCGUGGCCUCAGCGGCUGCAAAUGAGCAAAGAUAUUUGCAGUGGUUUGAACGCCGUGCGCUCGAUUGAGGGAAUCAACUUGUCCCGCAACUUGACGGCUAGAAGUGUGCUUGUGGAUGCGCUGCUUGUCUGCAAAGUGGACAUCUUCGACUACGCUUUAAGUCUUCGUACUGACUGGGGGCCUGCGCGGUCAUUUGGGCACGGAGACAUAGCAUCACGGGCACCGGAAUUGCUGAAGGGAGACAAGAUCACAGCGGCUGCUGAAGUAUACGCAUUGGGGGUCAUUUUCUGUGAGAUUUCUUCGCGAAGCAAGCUGUUUGAACACGAACUCGAGGAACGCGGGCCCACUUUAGCUGACAUUUUUAUAGCAACCGAGGUAGUGGCACAGCGAUUGAAGCCAUCACCUGCAGAAGACGCUCCUGCUGCAUUCCGCGCGUUGAUUGUUCAAUGUCUCUGCUAUGAGCCGUCAGAACGGCCAAAGCUGCGCGAAGUUUUGGACAUGUUUUCUACGUGA